AAAAAAAAUGUGUGUUUUUUUUUUUUUUUGAGGGCUGGGUUUGUGUUGCCCGUUUCCUUUGCCUUAUAUCUGCAUCAGCUUCCGAUUUAAAGGUUUAAAAACUGGUCGGGAGGGAAGCUAGCUAGCGGGCAGACAGAGGCAGGCUGUUGGAGAGCGUUUUGUGUUUUAAUUUGAUCAGAAGACAGUGAAGGAAGCCGGAUUCUACAGAGCUCAGUGUGUAUGUAUGUGUGCGCGCUAAACCGGCCUUGAUGACGGACAGGAAAAUGAGCGAUUCCGGCGCAAAAGGCAACCAAGCUCUGUCUUCAAAAGAGAAAGACGGGGCAGAGAAACGGGGGAGAGGGAGACCGAGAAAACAGCCUGAAGUAAAAACUGUUGAAGAACCCAGUGGAGCGCCGACACCCAAGCGACCCCGCGGCCGGCCGAAGGGCAGCAAAAACAAGAGCACCUCCAAGAGCAGAAAAAUGGCAGCUGCUGCACGGGGAAAGCCCAGAGGAAGACCUAAAAAGGCGGAGAAAGAGGAAGAGGAGGAACAGGGAUCCCACGAAUCUUCAGAGGAGGAUGAAGAGGAGCAGUAAGGCCGUCUCAACCACACUACCUCAUUACUCAACGUACUGACUUCCUGUCUGAGAGCUGGACUGAAACUCGAAAUCCAAACGUUGUGCCUCCCCGCCCUCCCUCUGUCGGAGCGCUCCUGUUGGCACGGGAGCCAGACGCAUUUCACCCACCCGCUCGCUACCUGCUGCAGCACUGGAAAAAGACAUUUAUAUAUUAUAUACACUACAAACUGGGAUAUCUCUUGUUUUCAUAAGGGUUUUAGGUAUUGCUAACAGUGGUAUUUUAUACUGGACAAAGGUGAAUUUACAUAACCUACAAAAUGUUUUUUUCUUUGUAGUAUAGAAAUUAGGCUUUAUUUUUUAAUCCUAUCGAUUUGUUAUAGGGCUGUGUCUCUGAUGCAAAAACAAAAUCCAGUCCCCCACGUGCCAGUUGAAGGCUGGGGUUCAUCUUUUAAAGCUGGCGGCAGGAUGGGUGUAAUUUAGUGCCCUAAUCUGCCAAUUGUGAUCAUAAAGGGAGCAUCUAAAGCUAGGUCCUUGUUUUGUGUUCUUUAGUAAACUCUGGUAGUCUGUUUUAGGAUCCCUUCCUGACUUGUGUAGCUUCAUUGAUAUUUUCAGUUCCCCCCCCCCCCCUUACUAUUUUAAAGGCUGGUCUGUAAAGAAGUAUGGAGGCCUCACAAAUUCUAAACGCUGUCAACUGUGUUUAAUAUCGGGAGAGCAGGGGGAGUGUAAAUCUGUGCUGCACAUGUGUGUUUUUUUGGAAGGUGUUAUUUUUUUAUAACAAGCCUUUUUUUAAAAAGUAAUUAAAUUGAUGUGUGAUUGUUUGGAAACUAAAAA